GUAUCUUUAUUUAAUAUUUGUAAUUAUUUAUCUGUAUAUUGUAUACUUGUAAAAUCACAUCAAUUAUAUGCAAAAUUGGAAUUCAUGCAACUAAAUUGAAAUCAUGUAUUUGGAUAACCAAAAAUAUCAUAUUCAUAAAUCCAAAUUGGCAAUGGAUUUUAAUUUGGCCACCCAAAAAAAUAAAUAAAAAAAGGUCGUAAAUCAUUGUUUACUGAUAGCCUCAUACCGGUACUGAUUCAUACUCUGUUAACAUCGUAUUGGAAAGCUGAUGUUUUCAGAAUUCAACACUCACAGCGAGACAAAGUGAUUGAUAGGGUUAAGAUCUCAGCUCUGAGCUGCCACAGACUAUGUAGAUCAUGUUGGGGUUUAUUCAAAGAAGUUCGAUCCGAAGUCACAGACAAUGGAAGCAAGGAUGAAGUUUAUUGAAAAAAGGAGGAAACAAAAACUAUGCCAGAAAAGUGAAAGAAUAUCCAACUCUCUUGAUCAUAUCACAAAGCAUAGCAGUCUGGCGGAGGGCAUAGAACGAACGCAAAAUCCAUUGAGGAAGAUUAAAGAAAAAGAGCGCCAACUACUAUUGCAGAAAUUUCUUCAUGAUAAGUUAAAGUUACAAUUGUAUGCUUUGUAUGCUGUUCAAGUCUUCUGCUGUAACAAGGAAUUCCCGAAAGGUCUUCUGCUCCGAUUGUUCAAUGGUUUGUAUGAAGAAGAUGUUGUUGAUGGGAGACUUACUAUGUGUGGAAGGAAGAUGUUAAUAAACAGUAUUGUGGAAAGGGAAAGGCAUUGUUUCAGAUGAACAAAUGGCUGGCUUAGCUUCGUGAAGCUGAAACAGAUGACGAAGAAGACAAAUAAUGUUUGAGAUUGUUGUGUCAUAAUCAGCACUUAUGAUGUCAUAAUCAACCAAUGUGAUGUAACAAUCAGGCAGUGUGAUGUCACGCUAUUUUGUGCAGUACUAUUGGCAGAGAAUCAAUUAAUGUUGGUUUGUGAUGUCACAAAACAAAUAUUGUGAUAAAACAAAAACUAUAGUUGAAUCACAAAUAAACAAAAUACUACAAUGCACUAUAUUGUAAAUAAACUUCUCUUCCAAUUUUUGAGGACCACCUUGUAAAUAUUAUUGUUUUUGUCUGUCAUAGUUUGUGAGUUCCGUUAGUCUGCCAUUUUCCCGAGAAUUAUUUCUGCUUUUUGAUACCAAUUUUUUAGUCUUUUUAUGCUUUGUAGUGAGUUUUAUAAAUUUUGUGGAAGUUCAAAGUUCAACACUACAGUGAUAAAUUUAUGAAAAAUUAGAUUAGUUGUCAUUUAGAAUGUUGAAAUCUCAAUCUAUUAAACAAUUUUGAAUUAUGGAAUGUAAAAUAAUUCAAAUUGUGGUAAUGCAUCAAACAUUUAGCGUCAGAAAAAGAUGUUGGUUGUUCAAAAAGUGUAAAGAAUAUUUGCGCUGGCUUUUGAUAUAGAAAUUUAAUGCCUAAUCCUGUAAAACAUUCAUUAUAGGGAGGGGGCUUUCCAAUAAGCCGUAUAAUGGCUGUAUAGCAGUGGUUCCCAACCUUUUACGCCUCGUGGCCCCCUUCAGAGGAUUUUAGUUCUCAUGGCCCCUGUUUAUCUUUCCAGUGGUAUUUAUAGUGUUAUUUUGAUUGGUGGAAUCCAAAUCCCAUUAUGUUCAAACAAUUCAUGCUCAACAAAGUGAAAAAUCCUUUGGAAUAACAUAACCUUAUCAGGCAAUGAAACUAGGAAAAAAG